CAGCUCGUUUUAGAAGGUGUGCGUUAACGCUAAAGCUUCAUGCGAACGUCGAGUGGGAGGGAUUGCGAUCCUGAUUAUUUUAUUUACGAGGAAGGUGAGCGACAGACCGCGUUAGUGGCGCUCGGACUCAUUGCGCUAGCCGAUGAUGCGGACGUCGCUGAGUGAAGGAGUCCAGCCGACGAGGCGCGGUGAAGCGAGGCUUUAUAAGCCAGGAGUGAACGUGAGGCAAUGCGAGAGGUGCGGGGAUGUUGUGAGUGGGAGGGGCCUUGUGAUCGUCUUGAAGAGUGAACGAACCGGCUUAGCUCUAAGGGUAAUGGUGCAUAGACCAGAAAGCAUGCAACCGUCCACAGUCAUGCCUCGAGGUGCGACAUUUUGACCGAGCUGCGAAGCAUGCACAUGGAGGACUCUCCUGCCUUGUGGAUCGUCUCUUCUUCAUAAAGCAACACUAAGCACGCUCAAUUCCUUCCUAUUCUGACUCGGAGCUACGUAUAACCACCCUGCCCGCUGCAUCGUCCGCUCUGAUCAUGUCGAUUCUUCUUGCGCUCUCGUUCCUCGCUUUCUUCCAAAUGCCGCAUCUCUCAUCAGCUGUUCCUGGUGAAUUCGUCCAGUUCCAGAGGUUCUCGGCUGCGGAAUUGCGACAAAGCCUCGGUCUCGAAAGCCUCAAGCUCGACGAUCAGGAGUUUCCAGCUGAUGAGAGCCGCAGCAAUCGCGAGCUGGCCCAGCUUUCUUCGAGACACCUACCCAGACGCAGGACGGCAGAAGCAGAAGCUACGAUUUGCAUCAUGUCUUCUUUAAAAACGAAUCAUGGUCUCCUCACGCUCGCCGCUUUCGACACAGGCCACUGACGCCCUUAAGUAUACAGUAGAGAGGGAGGCCCGCUCGGGCAUUACAUACAGACGACGGCCUUUUGCAGCGUGGUGGUGGUGGUGUGUGAGAGUUGACACAGAGACAUAAAGCCGGAAAACAUUCUUCUGGACAAGAAUUACAACGCAAAGAUUGUCGACUUUGCACUCGUCCGGCCCGCCAAUGAUUCAAAUCACACUCUAUUCACCAUGAACAUCGGAGGAACGAGGGGCUACUUUUCACCAGAGUAUGCACUAGAAGGCGUCGUAUCCGAGAAACUGGACGUGUAUAGCUUUGGUGUUGUCUUGCUGGAAAUCGUUGCUGGAAGACAGUGCAUCGAUCUGAAGUUGCCACAGGAACAAAGUAUUCUACGUUCCUGGGCUAUAACGUUGUACACGGAAGGCAAGGUUUUGAACUUGGUCGAUAAAAGACUGGAGGGCAAUUACGACGAAGAAGAAGUCCUGCUCGUGGUGGACAUGGCUCUGUCUUGUCUGCAAACAGAUCCCAAGAAACGCGCAACGAUGUCUCAACUGGUGAACGUCCUCAUGAAGAACUCAAAUGCAAGUGUAGCUGUGGACAUCGUCAACGAGCUAAAAUUCCAGACACCAUACUUGUUGAGCAUAUCAGAGAACGAACACUACGUGGAUACCUAUCCUAGUAGACAAGGCGUUCAAGGAGAAUCAGUCGAACUUGCUUUAAUGUCAUCAUUUGCCACCGAUUCACAAGCCUCGGUUAUGGUGCCUCGAUAGUGCGUACGUGAGCCGAUGGGGCUGUGAAUCAUACAGUACAUAGUUUCUGGCCUUUCUGCCAGCGGGCUUACCUUCAAUCUUGUUGAUUUCUCACCCUAUGAUCGAACUUCCAGACAGACACCACAAUAUUCUACUCCAAAACUUUAACACUCCACAUCAAGAAGUAGAUUCUGAAACCUUGCUGCCAUGAGUUGCAAGGUAAAAGUGUCCACACCCUCCCAGGUCCACUAUACGAUACAGCCUUCCUUGUUCUUGAAGAAAGAGUUACGGUGACUAAUGGCUUGGAAGGAAGUCUUGCUUCUAUUCUACUUCCACUUCAUUUCAUUAUACUAAGGUGGACCAAUUCCACCUUAGGAUCAUCCUCUGAACAUGGCGAUUUGGCU